GAGCAGACAUUUGCCUUCCGCUGCUGCCGCUCAUCGUAGAAUCAGUCUCAGUCUCCUGCUGUUUGCUUGUGUUUAUUCUCACCGUCAUGUCUCGGGGGUCGAGUGCAGGCUUUGACCGCCACAUCACCAUCUUCUCCCCGGAGGGAAGACUCUACCAAGUUGAGUAUGCCUUCAAAGCCAUCAACCAGGGAGGACUGACAUCUGUAGCUGUCAGAGGGAAGGACUGUGUUGUGAUCGUCACACAGAAGAAAGUCCCGGACAAGCUGUUGGAUGCCGGAACAGUCACACACCUGUACAAAAUCACAGACAACAUUGGCUGUGUGAUGACCGGCAUGACAGCUGACAGCAGGUCUCAGGUACAGAGGGCCCGGUAUGAAGCAGCUAACUGGAUGUAUAAGUACGGCUACGAGAUCCCUGUGGACAUGCUGUGUAAACGCAUGGCUGACAUCUCCCAAGUCUAUACACAGAAUGCUGAGAUGAGACCGCUAGGAUGCUGUAUGAUAGUAGUUGGACUGAGUGCUGAGUUGGGUCCACAGCUGUAUAAAUGUGAUCCUGCUGGUUACUACUGUGGCUUUAAGGCCACAGCAACUGGAGUCAAACAGACAGAGGCCACCAGCUUCCUGGAGAAGAAGGUCAAGAAGAAGCUGGAUUGGACCUAUGAGCAAACUAUUGAGACAGCCAUCUCCUGUAUGUCGACCGUCCUCUCCAUCGACUUCAAGCCCUCAGAGCUGGAGGUGGGAGUUGUAACUACAAAGGAACAGAAAUUCAAGAUUCUGUCAGAGUCUGAAAUUGACGUUCACCUGGUGCGUUUGUCUGAGAGAGAGUGAGGAAAGUCAGCAGCCAUUUUGCAGCCGUCAUCAUUAUCCUCUGAAAAGGACGAUGGAUGGUAAAACCAGAAAAAGGUCUCGUCUAUAAAGAAGAUGAAGGACCAGCAGGUAUCAUCUUGUUCAGAGGAGCUGCACAACAAAGUGACAUUGACAAAACUACACAACAAUAAUUUUAUAACAGUUGGGUAGAACAUGUUACCCGGUUCACCAUGAUACGUCCCCUCCUCCAUCCUCCCUGGUCAUAGUCAGAAUCUGAUUGGACACAAUAUUAUCCACACAUCGACCUCUCCAUGUUUUCCUUCUAACCACACGAGACAUCAUCACUGCAGCCGGCUGCCAACUGUCAGAGCCUGGAGAGAUGCUGACCAUAGACAUUAUUCCACCAUUUAUGACACCCCAGCCUGAUAUGCUCCCUGUUAACUAUGUCACACAGACAUUGACCACAGUGCCCUCUCUGGAUGCAGUUGUUAGCUGUGAGCAGAUCUGAAGAUGAAGGUGUCGUAACAACAACUACGGCACAACACCUCUCAUAGCAUCUUGAGCUGCUGUAUUUGAAGCAGUGUUUCCUCACCAUCUUUACUCAGGGCUGCCACAACGCGUACUUUCUGAAACUCUUGUUUUAUUCAUCUGCUCCAAAGUCACUCCUCUCUGUCUUUAGCUCAAGGAGGAUGUUUAUUAUCUGAUAGACUUUGUGAAAAUCCAGGGAUCAGUCGUGGUCAACUCAGGUCAAUGUCAAUGGGAAGUCAUUAGUUAUUUCUCUCAAUCCUCCUCUCUGCUGUACAACACUGCCCUUCUAUUAAACACAGUGUUUUUAUUCAACACAUAAGUUUGCCUGUUCUCUUUUCUGUGCAUAUUUCAACACGUGCUGUUGUAGACGUCACGUUUAUCUGAUGGCACUCAGACAUGAGUUUGACAUGCUUUAUUAAGUCAUUCGGAAGUUGGGAAUUAAGGCUACUUUGAGAAUAGGAAUAUUGCAAAUUGAAUUAAGUGGUUGUGAGGUCACAGCUGAGGCCGUUGAUGUUAAACAGCAUUUAACUUCUAAUGUUUUACCCUCAUUACGCUCCAUCAAAUCAUUAGGAACAUAAUCCUCUGAAAACAUCAGUGCACACACCUGUGUGCUUCAUGACAGAUCCAGUGCUAAGAUCACUGAUUUGGUGAUAUUCAAAUUUUGUAAAAAAAAAAAGGAACCUGUAAUUCACUCUUCAACUUUGACCUCAGUGGUAAAACAUGUAAUUUAACCAACACCUUUGUUCAACAAAAAACCUGAAUAUUCUCUUUCAAAGUCAAUGCCAGAACGUUUUGUAUUCGAUGACAUUUGACUGUACAUGUGUACCUAAUAAAGUGGCUACUGAGUAUA